UUUGUUGGUGCCUCAUUUGGACUGAAUAAAAGUUUACUAAGGCCAUAUGCUGGAACACAUUUGACAGUCGAAAUGAAAAUAUUUAUCUACGAUUUGUCAAGCAAGAAAGUACACAGAGUGAGCCUUUGAUGCUCUCAGCUCUAUAUGGAGAAUAUUCCAUCGGCCUUUUAAUGUUUGUAGCGAUCGUUCUAAUUCUCUCGGAGAAAGCGCGCCAAAGUGUGAUGUGCGUUUCAUCCAUAGAAUCAUCAUCAGAAUAACGCCGAGUGUGUAAGUUUACAUUUGAUUAUGUGCGCCAGUACUUGAACGAGAUGGCAAAAAUACCGCCAUUGGCAACCGACAUCUGAACAAAGUCCGCCAAAGGCAAAUUGACCGCGCCUUUAUUUUUCCGCCAAAUGUGUAAGCUCUAAUAUUAUUCAAUACCCUAAUGUUGUUAUGGCGGCGAAGGUGAAUCAACAGCGUCGGGAAAAAAAUGAGUGUAUCCGGCUUUAUCAUGCAUAGUGAUCCGCGGUAUCGGCUGCUCACUUCCUUCUAUAAUAAAUGCCAGCAUUCAACGCAAAGCAAACAGUAGGCAGCAGAAACACAAAUUCCCUAUUCAAAUAUCAAAAAUCAGAGCAACACCAGAGACCGUUGGCAUUCAGCCAACGGAUUUCCUAUCUCUCAAUUGCAGCGAAGUGCCAACAUCAAAAGCAGCUGUUCCAAGCUUGAAAAUAAGAAGAUUCAAUUGCAUUCUGUAAUUGGGUUUUGGUUUAUACACUGCUUUUGUCAAUUCUGCUCAAUUUAUUAUCAGUUCUGAUUUCAAUUGAUGAAUAUGUCUGUAUCAAACGGCAGAAAUCGAACAAUCGAAUACACUAGCUUGAAAGCUACAACGCUAGAAGAGAGUGUACUUAAAGAUAUUCUGGAAGAAAUUGGAGAAACAGAGAAUGAGAAAGUAGAGUGUUUGAAAACUUUGAGAGAAAAGUUAAAAGGUCUACAAGACAUAGAAUGCUGUAUGGAUGAAGGAUUUCUUCUGAAAUUCCUCAGAGUAUCUAAGUUUGAUUGUGAAAAAGCUUUUGAUAGAAUAAAAAAAUAUUACCUGAUGCAAGAAAAGAUGGUAAGUCUAUUGAAGAAUGCUUCGGUUCCCAUUUCUACAAUUCGAAAUAUGAAAUACACAUUUGCCUUGCCAUAUCGAGCCGAAGAUAAUUCUGCAGUCACUAUUGCCAGAAUGGGUGUCAUUGAUUAUUCUAAAAUCAGUUUCGAAAGUAGGUCUUUCUUGGACGUCUUAUCCACAGAACAUUUAUUAAACAAUCCUAUAACACAGAUGUGUGGGAUCACUACAGUCUUUGAUUUUACGGACUUUAAAUUUAGUUCUGUGCUGGCAGUAAACCCUAAAACAGCCUACGACUACAUGCAUACUGUGCAGAAAGCAUUCCCUCUUCGAAUCAGAUCUUUUCAUGUCGUCAAUGCUCCUUCAAUCUUCUGGGUUUUCUACAAGUUAUUUUACCCUGCUAUGUCUGAAAAGCUGAGAAAGAGAGUAUACGUUCAUCCAAAUAAUGAUAACUGGAAAAGUCUCCACAGCUGCAUUCCUCCUGAAAUUCUUCCAGAAGAUCUUGGAGGAUACUUACCUCAAACACAAUUGAUCGACCUUCUAGAACAUGUCGAAACUUUUGAAAAAGACUAUUUGGAACAAUCUCGGUUUGGUUACAAGAAAACAAAGCUUGUUAGAAUGUCAAUGAAGAUAAUUGUGUCUGAUAAAUGAUGCAAAAAUAAUCACCUAAUUUAUUUUCUAAUUAAAAAAUUGAAGUGUAUAUAUAUAUAUAU